AUGGGGCUUCCCAAACUGAAAAUACCUCGCGCAAACGCAGAUCGACCGUUCAAAGAUGAAGUGGACCCAAGACCAUCGGAUGCCGUCCUCAACGACGGGGAUGAUGGUUUGGUAGACACGAAAGUCCCUUUUCUGACCCUUUGGUCCUUUAGCAUGUGUAUAGUCAUCUCAAUGGGUGGGUUUCUGUUCGGUUAUGAUACCGGUCAGAUCUCCGGGUUUCUAGAGAUGGAGGAUUUCCUGCAGCGAUACGGUGAACAGAGGGCAGACGGGACAUAUUACUUCUCGAACGUUCGAUCGGGCCUCAUUGUUGCUCUGCUCUCAAUUGGCACCUUAAUGGGUGCAUUGGUGGCCGCGCCGAUUGCGGAUCGGGUUGGUCGCAAGUGGUGUGUGAGUGGCUGGUGUGUGAUCCUCUGCGCGGGGAUUACGGUCCAGAUCUCUUCCCCCACGGGCAAGUGGUAUCAGGUUGCAUUGGGUCGAUGGGUGGCUGGGCUUGGGGUGGGAGCCUUGUCGCUCCUGGUCCCUAUGUAUCAAGCCGAGACGGGCCCCAGACAUAUUCGAGGAUCCUUAGUCAGUACAUACCAGUUGUUUAUCACUCUUGGCAUCUUCGUGGCCAAUUGUAUCAAUUUCGGUACUGAGGCGAAAACUUCCACAGCCUCCUGGCGAAUUCCGAUGGGAGUCACGUAUAUUUGGGCUAUCAUUCUCGGGUUCGGUAUAUCGCUGUUUCCAGAAAGUCCGCGUCAUGACUAUCGAAAGGGCAAGGUGGAUAGGGCUGUUUCGACGAUGGCCAAGAUGUAUGGUAUUCCGAAGAACCAUCGCGCCCUACAGAUUGAGUUUGACGAGAUCAAGGCGAAGUAUGAAGAGGAGGUGCAGCGCGGCAAAGUAACAUGGAUCCAACUAUUUAAGGCUCCGCGCAUGGCGUAUCGCGUUGCUGUCGGGGUCGCCCUGCAGGCACUACAGCAGCUGACCGGUGCCAACUACUUCUUCUACUACGGCACGACCAUCUUCCAGGGCGCCGGAAUCGAAAACAGCUACGUGACGCAGAUGAUCCUGGGCGCUGUGAACUUCGGCUCCACCUUCCUGGGACUGUAUCUCAUCGAGAACUACGGCCGCCGUCGCUCCUUGAUCGCCGGCGCGCUCUGGAUGUUUUGCUGCUUCAUCGUCUUCGCUUCGGUGGGCCAUUUCGCCCUGGAUCGGGAUGACCCGCCGUCUACCAAGACCGCGGGGGUGGUCAUGGUCGUGUUCGCCUGUCUCUUUAUUCUGGGAUUCGCCACAUCCAACUGGCUCUGGAACUUCCUUCUGGCAUUCUUCACGCCGUUCAUCACGAGUGCGAUCGACUUCCAGUUCGGCUACGUCUUUGCAGGCUGUCUCUUCCUUGCUGCGGCCCUCGUUUAUUUCGCGGUCAUGGAAGGAAAAGGCCGGACGCUGGAAGAGAUCGAUACGAUGUAUGUGAUGAAGGUGAAGCCAUGGCAGAGCUCCAAAUUUGUCUUUCCCGACACGGAGCCGAGCAUCAUGGAGAAACGGCGGGCGUCUCACGCUUCCAACCCGAGUACCAACCCGACGACUAUCGGCGAGGAUCAUGCGACUACGGUGUAA